AUGGCAACCACAUCCUCCUACCCACCGCCCGUACCCAACCCCGCGUCUACCUCCACAGCCUCAACCACAACCUUUACCUUCCCACCCCACUACUCCUUCCCCCCCUUCUUCACCCUCCAACCCGUCGCCAGCACCCGCAGUUCGCAACUCGCCUCAUGGUCGACACUGAUCCAAUCCUACUGCCGACACAACCGCAUCUUCACCCUCUCCCUCAUUGACGCGCUGCCGACCCCGCUCUUCACAAACGCCACUCUCCGCCGCAGCCUCUCGCUCCGCGACGCAAAAGCAAUCCUCACAUACAUGGCGUCUCCCGAAGGUGGGAAUCGCGCGGAAUUCAUAAGCACGGGCAGUGCGAAGAAGAGCGCGAAGGCAGAGGAAGGGGAAGGGGGUAAAGUGUGGGUGUACUGGCGUAGGCCGGAGGAGUGGGCGACGGCGAUUGAGGAGUGGGUGGAGAGGACGGGGCAGAAGGGGACAGUGCUGACGCUUUAUGAGAUUGUGGAGGGGGAUGCGGUGGGGAAGGAGGAGUUUGCGGGUAUGGACAUGGAGUUGUUGCAGAAGAGUCUGGGGGUUUGUGUUAAGAGGGGGAAGGCGCAGGUGUUUGGGAGUGGGGGGGAGGGAGAGGGUGUGAAGUUUUUCUAG